AUGUCAACAUCCCGCCCCGCUUCUCUCCGUAGCACCACAUCCUCCACCCUUCUCCGCCCCGAAGACGCAAUCUACUCUCCACCGCACCGCAGUUUGACCAACGCCUCCCGCAAGUCCCGACGAAACCGCUCCUCAUCUCGCCGUCGCCGCGAUAAACUCCCCACUUCCGCUUCCACACAAUGGAAGAAACUGUUGUGGGUGAAGCAGCCAUUCCCCGAUAAUUACACCGAUGAAGAGACUUUCCUGGAUCACCUACAGAGAAAUCCCAAAUUGAGACCCUAUGAAUUCUGGCCAUUGGUGGCUGAUAGCACCAUCAUCGUGCAGCAUUUAUGCAGCGUAGUCAUCUUCGUGUGUUGCUUCACAGGAAUCAAUCAGCAAAGAGUUGCGCCCGAGACGGUUGUGGGCUGGGCUACAGGUUGUACAGUUGCAGGGUGGGUAUGGAGGGAAUCUUGCUGGCAAGGACGGGAGCAUCGUAAUGAGAAAGACAAGGAAGAAAGCGAAGAAGAUGGAGUGGGAGAAUCAGCGACUGAGGACCUUCUAUCCCCUGCCUCGGAUACCACGGAACUUGGUGGAGGAGGACUCAGCAUCACGGAUCUGCCGCCUCUGAAGGAAAAUCUCCCUCCUCCUCUGAGCAGACAUCAUUCUCGCGCUCCCUCUGCGUCACCCACUUCCCCAGACUCUUUACCUCUUUCACAUCCUUCAUUCAUGCCUCAAUACACAUCCUACCCUUGUUCAAACUUCUCCCCACGAACAGCUUCCCGCCUCACAACAGCAAAGUCUUCAGUCCUGAUCUACUGCUCCCUGCUUGGCCUCUCCCCAAUCCUCAAGUCCCUCACGCGGAGCACCUCGCCGGACAGCAUCUGGGCCAUGUCUGCCUGGCUCAUCGCACUCAAUGUCUUCACUUUCGACUACGGAGCGGAUGCAUCAAGCAAGUUCCCUGCCAGUCUAUCAACAAAUGCCGCGUUGAUGGCAAGCACAGUCCUGGCAUCACGCCUACCGAGCACGACACAUGUUUUCAGUCUCACUCUCUUCUCGAUAGAAGUCUUUGGUCUAUUCCCCGUCUUUCGGCGACAUUUGAGAGAAGUGACAUGGACAGGCCAUCUUCUCCUCACAGUCAUUCUGGUCGUUGUAGCGAGUGCCGGCCUGGGAAUGGCAGUCAGUGGGGGUGGAGCAGUCAUGGCUGGAGUAGGAGUGAUUCUGGGAGGAAUGGUAUGUUUGGGUGGCAUGGGAGUUACGAGUUGGUGGUUGAUUGGCUUGCAGAGGUAUAAGAAUGAGAUCUAUGGGCCUUGGGAUCCUGCUCGGCCGGUUAUUAGAGGAGGGUGGGAUUGA